GUCCAGCGGGACAAUGUGCGCCUCCUUUCUUGGGAGCCUGUGCUGGGCUCUUCCUCGGGGUGCUUCAUUUUCCUGGAAGCGGGGUCACCAGAGGCUCCCCGCGGGCAUGUAAAGUGGCAGCCUGCGCUCUGAUUAUCGCAUCCACUGUUUUUGCGGGGUCUUACCCAUGGCAUCAGAUGCCAGCUGUGGGCGGAGAGUUAGGGGAGAAAUCAGAUGUUUGGCGCAAGCGUUGGGUGAUGCUAGCUGCGGUCGCCAUCCUGGCCCUGCUUUGCGUGGCCUGCAUCCUCAAGCAACACCCACCGUCUGCUUACGCGCACGAUGCGAAGUGGUGUGUCUUCAGCCUAUGGCUCUGCAUGAUGGUGUACCCAGCAUAUUAUGUUUGUAAGGGGCACGGCUACACAAAGCCGGGCGACUGCUUGGUGGCGUUCACGCUCAGCAUGGAGAGUGUCGUUCUUGGCUGGAUUGUCUGUAUCUUCCAAGCUCGAAUGGUGGGUAUGAGAUCUAGACAUACGUCAGGCAAAAUCGAUUCUCAGAUAUGGAUCCUCGUGAUGUGCGGCGCCUUCUUCUGCCUUUCCUUGGCCAUUGCAGUUAACCGUGCAGUGGGGACGAACUCACAAGAGGGCCUGAUCAUGCGCAUCUGUGUCCAGUCUGUGUUCCUCAGCCUGUGGGCGUGGUAUACUUUCGACGUUUGCAGGAGCUUAUGGCGUGGUCUGCGCCUGCUGCAGAUAGAGACUGGGCGUGUGGGAGGGCUGCCUAGACGGCAAGCCCAUUGGGCAUCAAGAAUAGUCUGCAUUGAACUGUUGCUCUGCAUGCUCCUGGGCACCUCUACGUUUGCCACCUGGUUUUGCAUCACCAUGCUGAAGUACGUGCAGCUAAAAGACUUUGAUGCCUACAAAGAUUUCAAAGCCACGCCAUGGGGACUCUCCCUGAGUGUAAUGCGGCGACUUGAUGUUGUCAUCAACGCGCUCUCGCUGGCCCUGCUCUCUGGCAUCCUGUGGCAGGAUGAGCCUCCCAGUGAAGAAGACGCAGA